UCUCAAAAGUCAAAACAAAGAUUUAUGUUUCGAUAAUUCCAUUGAGUUUUUGUCCCGGAGAAAAAUCAAAACAAGGACAAUAAACCGAAAUAAACAAAUCAAAUUGAAAGCUGAAAUUGGUAGGUCAUAUGUUUCAGUAUAAGCACACCAAAUUAAAAGGGAAUUACCAACAGUAUUACUACCAUCAAUUCAAUUCUUACAGCCACUAAUCCCGUGGAGGAAGAAGCAGUAAAAAUGAAGGAGCAAACUACGCGCGCUAUGUGGUGGAGAUCGCCGUCUUUCAUCCUCGACAAUCGGCAGCAGCAGCAGCCAUACGACACCGCACGAGGCGACGCCCUCUCCAUCCCGCUCUCGUCUCCGCUACCUCCCUCCACCACCAUGGCGGAUCCUAACCCUAAUCCAAAUCCCAACCCCCUCACCGACAAAAUCUCCGCUUACUACCAGACCCGCGCCGCCCACCACGGCGUCGUCUCCAGCGACUGGCUCGCCCAGGCUCAGGCCGCCGUCGGCCACCUCCCCGAAGGCGACGACGAUGCCAAUACUACCGACCAGGGAGCUUCUUCGGGCAAGCCGUUCAGCGUCAUCGACGAGUUCAACAAUUGGCGGAAACAGCCCGACUUGGCCGAGGCCGUCGCUGCUAUCAGGGCUCUUGCCGCCGUCAUUCGGAAUAGCCAGGCCACGACCAUGAUGGAGCUCGAGAUUGAGCUCAAGAAGGCCUCUGACUCCCUCAAGUCCUGGGACACGACAUCAAUAUCUUUAACUGCAGGAUGUGAUCUGUUCAUGCGAUAUGUAACCAGAACUUCAGCCUUGGAGUAUGAGGAUUUCAAUUCGGCUAAGACCCGCUUGAUUGAACGAGCUGAGAAGUUUGGCGAGAUAUCGUACAAGGCACGUAAGAUCAUUGCGAUGCUUAGCCAAGAUUUCAUCUUUGAUGGUUGUACAAUAUUGGUUCAUGGCUUCUCGAGAGUUGUGUUGGAAGUUCUGAAGACUGCAGCUCAAAGUAAAAAACUAUUUCGAGUUUUCUGCACAGAGGGAAGGCCAGACAGAACUGGAUUAAGGUUGUCUAAUGAGCUAGCCAAGCUUGAUGUCCCAGUGAAGCUCCUUAUAGACUCCGCUGUUGCCUACUCCAUGGACGAGGUGGACAUGGUAUUUGUGGGAGCCGAUGGAGUGGUGGAAAGUGGAGGUAUAAUCAACAUGAUGGGGACGUAUCAGAUUGCCCUCGUGGCACACAGCAUGAACAAACCUGUUUACGUGGCAGCUGAAAGCUACAAGUUUGCUCGUCUGUACCCACUAGACCAGAAGGACAUGGGUCCUGCCUUACGCCCCAUAGAGUUUGGAGUGCCGAUCCCAUCGAAGGUAGAGGUUGAAACAUCUGCUCGGGAUUAUACGCCACCUCAGUAUCUUACUCUGUUGUUCACUGAUCUCGGUGUACUAACGCCAUCGGUAGUCAGUGACGAACUGAUUCAGCUCUACUUAUAAUAAGUGGUUGAUGAUUUUGGUUUUGUUCUGUUUGUGACGAAGAGUGUUGAGAAAGUGCUGCUUGCUCUGGAUUCUUACAGUUACUGAUAAAAGUGAUGAACAGGUUGGGCAACUGCAGUUGGAACUUGGAGGGAAGUAGUUGUUUCACCUUCUAAAUUCGUUGACGGCGUGUAUGGGAAGGAAAUUUUGUGAUUCAUGAACUGGCUGGUGAAUUGUGAUUGGAAGAAGCGUGGAAUGAUUCUUAUUUUUAUCUGGUCUUUCAAUGGGGUUAUGUAGGUUGAUGAGAUUGGUUCAAAAUGUAUGUAGGGUUAAGGCAUGUCCAAUGAGCUGGACAGGCUCGAUGUCCCAUUGAACUGCUUGUAGUUGUAGACUCUGCUGUUUAAACAUCAGAUGAGUAAUGGAUCUUCGCAUCCAAGAUCAGCAGCAGACAAGGUUGAUGUUUAAAGGAAUAAGAGGGGUUAAGGAAGAGAGUGGCUGGCAGACAAGCGAUCGAGAAAGACUGUAGGAGAGGGAAGGAACGUGAUAGAGGGAGAAUUAGGAAAAAAGAUUAGGCAAUAGUAAGCUGCUCGUACCGACUAACAUAAUAAUACAAAAUUUUAGCCAGCUCUACUAAUCCUACCAACAAUACUAUUUUUCUCUCACUACCAGUCAUUUCUAGUUAAAUAAAAAUUUGCGAUGACA